CGAAGCGGGCCGCGGAAGCGGCUGCCGAGGCGGCGAUGAGCGCGCGGUUCCUGCGAGCCUGGCGGGGCGGGUGGGGCCGGGGCUGUGGCCGGGCCCACGCGACCGCCGCCGGGGAGGCCCCGAGGCGCGAGAGGCCGCCCUGGCGAGUCCUCUUCUUUGGCACCGACCACUUCUCCGCAGAGAUCCUCCGAGCGCUCGAGGCGGCCCGAAUGCCUAGGCCAGAUCAGCUUGUGGACCACCUGGAGGUGGUGACCUUGCCACCCAGUCCGUCAAAGGGAGUUCCUGUGAAGAAGUAUGCAGAGCAGUUUCAGCUCCCCAUCCACAUCUGGCCUGAUGUAGGUGUAUGUGAGAACUUUGACGUUGGCGUGGUGGCAUCUUUUGGACGUCUGCUUAGUGAGGACCUCAUCCUGAAGUUCCCCUAUGGCGUGCUGAAUGUCCACCCCAGCUAUCUUCCGAGGUGGCGUGGCCCUGCACCAAUCGUCCACACCGUGCUCCAUGGAGAUACAGUUACCGGGGUCACAAUUAUGCAGAUCAGGCCCAAGAGGUUCGAUGUAGGUCCAAUUAUUAAACAAGAAGAAUUUGCUGUUCCAGCCCGUUGCUCAGCAAAAGAGCUGGAGCCAUUGUUAUCCAAAGAAGGUGCAAACCUGCUGAUUGCCGUUUUGCAAAACUUACCUGAGAGUUUAAGCAAGAAGAAAGAGCAAACCAAAGAAGGAGUAACUCAUGCUCCUAAAGCCACUAUUGCAAUGAGCUGCAUUCAGUGGGAAGAACAAACUGCUGAGCAGAUCCUAAGGAUGCAUCGUGCCUUAGGAGCAAUGAUGCCUCUAAAAACGCUGUGGAUGGGUUCCAGAGUAAAACUGUUGGACUUUGUAGAAGACAAGAUGCUACUGGAUUUUACUGAUAAGGUUGUAGCUGAAAAAGACGCCACUCCAGGGUUGGUGAUAUAUCACAAACAGUUAAAGAUCCUGGUGAUCCGGUGCAAGGAAGGUUGGGUUGGAGUCAAAACCAUCAUACAUAAGAAGAAAUUGUCAGCAACCGACUUCUACAACGGCUACUUACAUUCUUGGUCACAGCACAAUUCUCAGGCGGCUCCCAAGAACUGCCAGUUUCAGACACUCAAGCUGACCACAGUGAAAAAGCAUCUGAAAAGUUCACUGCAUGUGCAGAGUAUAUAAACCACUGAUACGAUUCUCAGUAAUGUGAAAGUAGCAACUCUAUUUGAGGAGCAAAGUUGGAAUUGUCUCAGUUUUGUAUGAAAUUUGUCCCAGAGUUGACGUUUGGGAAACAGUGAUGGAAGAGAACAAAUACAGCAAAGGUGGUGCUGUCUAGCUGAUAUUGUGGA